CUCUCUGUUCUGUCCUUUCAAAACGUGUUUUUAUCGCGUAUGUAUCCUUGUUAGAUAAAUAAAUUAUUUUCUAUUAGAAUUAUGUCUGUGGUAAAGAAAAAGAAGCAUGUGUCUAAAAAGAACAAAAAAGCGUGGCGGAAACAUUGUGAUAUAACCGAUGUGGAGGCUUUUCUUGAAGACCAGCGUCUAGAAGAAAGACUAGGCAAGUUUGAAACAAAACCAGACAGUGAGUUAUUUAUAUUGGACACCCAAGGUGAACGUGAAUUUGAAGCGAAAGAGGAAAAGCCAGUGGUCCUUACACCCAAGCAGCGGAAAAGACAAAAGCUUGUAGAAACACCCAAAUGUUUUGAAGUUUUAUUGCCUUCUUCCAAGGUUGAAGACCCAAACAAAAAACGUAACCACAAGAACCCAGUUGGAUUCAAACCAACUGCACUCAGUAAGGUCACAGAGCAGCGGAGGUUAAAACGGGGCUAUUAUGAGAAGAAGGCAGUUGAAGCGCGGAAGAAUCGAAAGAUUGCUCUGGAGAAAAAGAGGAAAAUUAAACAGAUUAAGGAGAAUUUUGAUUUAGAUCUAUGGGGUGAAGUUUUGCCAGAAGCAAAAGGAAUCCCGACCACCCUGUGCGAUGAGUUCAUUCCCACACAGGCUCAACUCCACAAUGUGUUACCAGACAAACGCCUCAGACCAAAGCCUCCACCGCCCAAGACCAUUGUGACCAGAGCAGCAGUAGAGGCUCCACAUCCGGGCAUCAGUUACAAUCCUUCUUACCAAGAACACCAACAACUGCUACAAGAUGUUGUACAGCAUGAGGAGAAGAUGAUUAAGCGGGAACAGCAUCUGCUGAGGGUCACCAAUGGAAUGUUCAGCAAGGUCACACAGCAGGAGAAAGAGAACCAAUGGCGGGAAGAAAUGAGCGCUGGCCUGCCGAAGCCCCAUGACCCGGCACAGGUCAGUGACCCCGACUCCGACGGCGAGUAUAGAGCAGUGAACCCACCAGUGAAGAACAAGAAGAAGGACCAUAAAGCGAGGAGGAAACAGAAGGAGAGGAUCGCGGAGAAGGAAAGGCUGAAGAGGGAGAAGAUUGAUAAGAAGAAGAUUACUGAUAUUUACCGCCUUCGCAAACUACAAUCAACAAUAACGAACAAAGAGAAACGCCAAGAAGAAGAGCGCACUAAACGCUCAGAGAAACGCUCGGAAGCCGCCGCCGCCGCGCUGCCGGCGCUCAACAAGAACAAGAUUGCUAAGAAAGAACCGGAGUUCGUUGACCCUGAGCUAUUGAGCGGAGAUUUGAGGCAUAUCAAUGCUAAAAGUAAUCUUCUCCGCGACCGCUACGAGUCACUCCAGCGCCGCGGCGCUGUCGCGGGCGCGAAGCUGAUGAUGAAGAAGAGGAAGAAAACCAAGAGCUACUUCAAGGCCGGACACAAGGUCACUGACCAGGAUGUGGAGAGGUACCUCACUAGGUCUGCAGGGAAAAAGUGAUUGUGAUGGUAAGGAAUAUUUAUAUCAGAGGAAGUUGGAAAGUUGCGCCUAUAAAUGAUAAAAUUAGAGGUAAUAGACUCGGUUGGUUUGGACACGUGAUGAGGAGAGAAGAGAAUCAUUUACUGAGGAAAGCUUUAAGUAGGAAGGUACAUGGAUAUAGAGGAC